AUGGUUGAAUUCGUUGAUCGGAGCGCCUCGAUCUUCGUCGUCACCAUCGUCUUCCUGGGCCUCUCGUUUAUCGCCGUGUGUCUGCGAUGCUUUGUCCGGUUGAGGCUGGUCAAGGCCUUCGGAUGGGAUGAUGCCCUGAUGGUCUUUGCUAUGUGCUUGAAUAUACUAUUUGCAUUAUGCGGAAUAAUUGGAUCGGUAUAUGGCAUGGGGCGAAAGUUUGAGCACAUCCUCCCCGAUCUUGAUCAACUGAAAACUGCUUUGUUUUGGUGGUGGCUCGGGCAGAUCAGCUAUGUCCUCACCUGCGUGGUCGCCAAAAUAUCCAUCGCUCUGGCUCUCCUUCGUCUCACGGUGACGAAAAUGCAUACGGUUCUUCUGUGGAUCGUAGUCGGAAUGUCCCUCAUCGUUGGCCUUGUGUUCUUUUUCGUCUUGACGUUGGAGUGCAAACCGGUGUCAUAUUUCUGGACUCGAUUCACUACCGAGGGGACUUGCCUGAGUACGGAUACUAUCAUCAACAUCGCCUACCUUUACAGUGUCACCGCCACACUGUGCGACUUUAUCUUGGGUCUAUUGCCAAUCUCGCUUGUGUGGAACCUGCAAAUGAACCGAAAAUCCAAGGUUGCAUUGGCUGGUAUCCUGAGCAUGGGAUGCGUAGCAAGCGCGGCGGUCAUCGUCCGUAUCCCGUAUCUUCCUUCAUACAAAGAGAAGGAGUUUCUCUAUGCCACAACCGACAUCAGUAUAUGGUCGAACGUCGAAGCUUCACUCGGUAUCAUGGCUGGUAGUCUGGUCACUCUUCGCCCGCUUUUCCGCUGGUUCCGCGGCGCCAGCUAUUAUGGGGGAGGCAAGAGUGCGAGGAGAGCAUACGGGAGUAUGCCCCUAUCCAGCAUGAAUGGCCAGGGCAACGGAACACACCAAUCGAGAAGCGAUCGCGGCCCAGCGCCAUAUUGGAGACCUGACGUGUAUCCGCAGGAUUCACAUGCAAUGGUCACAACCGUUCAGACCUCCCGAGGGAGCACGAAUAGCAGCCAGGAGGAUCUGAACCCCAAGCAGGGUUCCUUGCAUGGCGUGAACGUGCAUAAAUCCUUCCUUGUGACAUCAGAUGAAGUAUAA